AUGAUCAUGGGCGCCGGGCACGGCACACGCAUGGCGCCUCUCACCGAUGACAAGCCAAAGCCAUUGGUUCGCUUUAUGGGGAAACCUCUCAUCGACCACGCGCUGGCACGCUUGGGCGCGGCAGGCGUAGACGAGGUCGUUGUCAACGUGCAUGCCCAUGCAGAUCUUCUUGAAGCCCAUUUGAAGAGGCUCUCGGCUCCGAAGAUCGUGAUUUCAGAUGAGCGCGAAGAACUUCUCGACACCGGCGGCGGCGUCAAGAAAGCCCGAUCCUUAUUGGGCGAUGACCCCAUAAUGACGUUCAACUCCGACAGUGUGUGGAUUGAAGGCCGUCGUCCGACCCUCACGCGCAUGAUGGAAGCUUGGGAUCCGGAGCAUAUGGACGCGCUUUUGAUGAUUGCCAGCGCCACCAACACGAUUGGUGAAGUACGCCGGGGCGACUUCACUAUGGAGCCUGAUGGGCGUCUGGUCCGCCGGGAGGAACAGACCGUCGCGCCCUUCAUGUUUGCCGGCGUCCAGAUCGUCAAUCCGACACUGUUUGAUGAAGGGCCGGACGGACCCUUCUCCACAAAUCUCAUUUGGGACAAGGCCAUCGAGCGAGGCCGUCUUUUUGGCCUGCGCAUGGAGGCAACCUGGAUGCAUGUAGGGACGCCGGGCGAUCUUGCUGACGCAGAACGGUUCCUGCGCGAUCUGUAG